ACGUAGAAAAUGUAUAGAGAAUAUUAUUUCGACUUUAAAGCUCAGUUUCCUUUUCAAUAAGCCGUAAACUGUUGUAUUAUGUUUUUUACGUUUUAUUGCCCUUGUAGGCAGACGAGCAUACGGCCCACCCGAUGGUGAGUGGUUACCGUCGCCCAUGGACUUCAGCAAUGCCAGCGACAGAGCCAAGCCGCUGCCUACUGCUGCGGAUUUCACCAACCCACUUUUUUUUUUCUUUUUUUUUCCUAUCUAUGGUGAUAGCCUUGAGAGGCUAUUUCAGCUUCGCCCUAACAUGUAGGUGAGCUCACGGGCCUCAAACCUGACGACACCCAAACAACGGCACGACGUUGUUGCCUCAAUUUUACUGUAGGAUUAAAUGUGACGUCACAAAUUGUAAGCCUAAUGUUAAGUGUGCAAUAAUGUUCGGAUGUCAAUAAUUUUGAUUAUCUAAAAAUGUUAUCGUAGCUCUCGAUCGAUCGAUUAACGAACAGUUUCCGUCUAGUGGAACAGUGAACUAUCAUGUAGCCGCAACAUUCACACGUUCAAACUAAAGUAAUGGGUUCGAACAACGAAGCGUCCCUUGCAGCGGAAAGUGAUUUGUUUCGUGAAUAUUACAUCGAGAAUGAUUAUUUCCUGUCAGCUGAAGGGGUCUUGAAAAUUUUGUCGGCCAUAGUGUGCAUAGUGUCGUCGGUUCUAUUCCUGGUGGGGUCGUCGUGCACCGCGGCGCCGGGGCUGGCUGCGGGGGCUGCGGGGGGGGCGCUGGUCGGCGGGCUCGUCAUGGCGCUCAUGUACGUCGGAGUACUGAUGAAUCUUCCAUUGCACGGUGCACAGGUUUGGUUGUUUACGGACAUUUUGGUUUCGGGAGUGAUAGGUGUUCUGCUACUCGUCGCUGGGGCUCUCAGCUUCACAAUCUGUGAUAUGAGACAGCCUGUCGAUUACGUGCCGGGGCCACUGGCCGUAGUGAACGCUGGCAUGGUGACGGCGAGCACCGUGAAGACGUACGUGUCGGUCGUGGGCUGGCACCCCGCGCCCCCCGCCCCGUCGACGCACCCCCCCGCACACGAACUCGACGUCUAGUCUUGCCUCAUUUGGAAACAACACUUAUCAUCAAUAUGCCCUGCUUGUAGCAUUUUGUAUCACUUCUCUUGGGCAAGUUCAAUGGCAGCGGUAGGCAGCGGCUUGGCUCUGCCCCUGGUAUUGCUGAAGUCCAUGGGCGACGGUAACCACACACCAUUAGGUGUGCCGUACGCUCUUCAGCCUACAAGGGCUUUAAAAAAAAGCUGUCUUGUACUCUGUCUGUCUAUGAGUAUACUCAAGAGCGGUGAGAAUGUUUUUCAUUAGUAACGACACAGACAGCUUUCAGAGUAGGUUGUUUGUCUGAGUGUGCUGAAAAAUAAUAAAAGCUUUGUGGUACCAAAUUAUUAUAUUUUCAUGAGAAUGUUUUAAAAGGCUGUAAUUAAAUUUAGAGAUUCCAUCACAUACACUGUGUGUACAUGUAUACAAAUCAAAUAAAUAGAUAGUAUCUUAGAAGCUUGACCUGAGUCUAUCAAUCAGUUCAGUUCAUUGAAUAUUAAACAAAUAUGGUGGUGUUUAUAUAUUACUGAUCAUACAUCAUAUUUUAUGAUCGACAGAGUAUGAGUAACUUUUGAUACAAUUUUAAUGAAAAGUAUCAAUUCAGACAUCAACAUAGAGCAGAAUUAUUUUUUGUUAAAUUUAAAUAGAGUGUAAGCUUAAUUAUUGUUGUGCUGAUGUUUGUUGCUUUUUUUUCUAAAUCGUUUUAUAUCUGUUAAUUUGCUUCCAUUUUAAUUAUUGGUAAGUAGUCUUGAACACAUAAAAAACCAUUAGCGUAAGAUAAACUAAGAGUGUAAUAUUUAAUUUACAAUAGUGUUAUAUGAAUAUUUUUAUUAAAAUAUGUAAUUAUUCUUAAGACUAGUUUCAAUUUGAUACUUUAUUAAAUACUUUGCUACAUAA